GGUCAUUUUUUUUGCAGUGGGGCAAUUAUUCUAGUAACGUUAGUUGUCGCAGGUUACUGUGUACUUACGGGUUUAUGUUGAAGAAGUGCUAGUAUAGAGUGUAACAUAGGGUGUGACUAAUCACAUGGCUCUCAGAAGGUGCUGGGGGCUAGCAGGGGUCGCUCCGCGGCUGUUGUGGAACAGUACCGUCCUGCCUGGAGCUUCCGUCCCAGGACGAACUUCUGCGUCCAGCCUUGUCAGCACUCACCACGGUUGCAAAAAUACAGGCUCGCAGCUCCGCAGGUUCGGUUCUGCGCCACCGAGCACGGAUGUGAGUUAUGAGCAGAUGAAGCAGCUCCUGGCCGGCCGGAAAGCUGUGGUUAUAGACGUCAGGGAGCCCUGGGAGCUCAGGGAGUACGGCUUCAUCCCCGGGUCAAUCAAUGUUCCCCUGGGACAGGUGAACACGGCCCUCCAGCUGGGUCCGGAGGAGUUCAAUGAAAAGUAUGGCAGUGAAAUGCCCCAGCAGACAGACAACAUUGUGUUCAGCUGUCUGGCAGGGGUCAGGAGCAAGACAGCCCUCGACACAGCCACCUCGUUGGGAUACAAAGAUGUUCAGCAUUACCUGGGAGGAUGGCAAGACUGGGCGAAAAAUGAACAGAAUAACUGAUGCAGGGAUAACAAAAAAGAAAAAAUCUCUUAACCAAGAUCAGACUGGCUUGUGAGAGUGCGUAACAAGGAAUCUUGAAAAGGGUUUUUAAAAUGUUCAUUCACUCUUCUGUUGUUUUCCUCUUCUGUGAAUCCCAAAGACUGAAACCAGAGGGCUCAGCAUCCAUCGUCAAGUCACACGUCUGCCGCUAGAAAAAAAUGUCAAAACUACUGCAAUGUUACUUGUAAUUUCAUCUCAUCAUAGAACUAUUUAUAAACCCUUUACAACUUCUAAAGAGACAAAUAUAUAACCUGUGAUUAUUCUAAACAAUAAUAUAAUUGUCGAUAGACAAUGAGGAGUGUUUUUCCCCCACAUAAUUUAUGCAAAUGACUACUUUAUGUGUAUGAUUUUGAGUUAUAAUGAAGUGGUCCUUUGCCAAAGCGUCAAGUUGAUGCUCAUAGAUGCAUCUGCAGUUGUUGCCAACAUCAUUCAAUAAAUAAAAUUAUAGUUUUAAUU